AUGUUUGUGAGGUCUCGAAUGUUUUAUUCAAAGCCUGCCUAUAAUGCCCGUGGGGAGGUCGUUUUUGGCCUACGUCAUAUACAUGUUCUCAAUCGAUUCCCCAAUCCUUCGGAUAGAGCCCACGCAAUUCAUGUGUUGAGAUACAUAUUCCCGAGGCAGUUCAACCUCCAUAAUGUCUUUACAUCAACAGUGGACAGGAAAGAAACCAUACAACCGCUCAAGGAUUAUACUCUUCGUGAAAAUGAGAUCGCGCUCCAAGGUGGAAAGGGGUCGUUCAUUCCCAAGAGGUUGAAGGGGAAAGCGUUCGAAUUGGUGAAGAGGAUGAUGAGGCUACAUAGGAGGUGUUCAUAUCAUGCGUUGAUCGAGUAUUAUUGUCCUUUCGUUUCCCAAGCUCCCUUCCCUUCCUCGAUCUCGAGCGGAACGACCUCUUCAUCAGAUUUAUCCCCCUUGAAGCCGAAAGAGAGUUUUACAGACUUUGCAUCCUCGACUGGUGAGGUUUCCGCGUUUGCGAGAGCAGUGAUUUUAAAUGUUGUUCCCACAGAAUUCUGGGGAAGCGAGGAGAAUAAAAAGGGUUUUAUGAGGAACGUGGAUAGAUUCGUUAAUCUAAGAAGAUAUGAGACUUUGUCAUUGCACGAGGUUAUGCAGGGCAUGAAAGCAAGUUUUUUCUCACCAGCCCACCGCUUAACCGACCCCGCCUGGCUUUGCCCACCUAAUACCAAGGACAGAAAUCUCUCGCAGUCGGACUCGCUCAAGCGCACCCAGAUACUUUCGGAGUUUGUAUACUACCUUUUCGACUCGCUACUGAUACCUCUCCUCCGUUCGCAUUUCUAUGUGACUGAGUCGAAUAUCCACCGGAACCGUGUUUUCUACUUCCGGCACGAUGUCUGGAAAAAACUGUCUGAACCAACUAUCAACAAGUUAAAAGUGGAAAUGUUUGUGGAAUUAAAGAGCGAUCAGGCGAAGCGAAUUUUGGAUAGUAGAAAGUUAGGCUUUUCAACCGUAAGGCUAUUGCCCAAGGAAACGGGGAUUAGGCCAAUCAUGAACCUAAGGAAGCGAGGCAUGGUAGUGGAGCGGGGAAGGACUAUACUUACACAGAGUAUCAAUUCGGUUAUGACACCGGUGUUUAAUGUUUUGUCUUUUGAGAAGACCCGCAAGCCGACCGCUCUUGGUUCUUCCUUAUUCAACGUUCGAGAGAUGUAUCUCAAACUGAAAGCUUUCCAAAAGCAUCUCCUGUCGACUUAUAAAACACCACUGAAACUCUUCUUUGCUAAAGUCGAUAUUCAAGCUUGUUUCGACACCAUUCCCCAGAAAGAACUGCUAAAGGUGGUAAACGCGCUCCUAACAGAGGACGAGUAUCGCAUCCACAAGUACGCCGAGGUAAAGGCGCCAGCGCCAGCCGGGAAAAUUGCAAAGAAGUUUGUGGCCAAAGGCGGUUCGGCAGACGGCUUCGAAAGAUUUGGCGAUCUAGUGAGGGAAGAAUGUAAUCAUGGCUUGCGCAGGAGAAGAGGAACAAUCUGGGUUGAGGAUGUGGUGCAAGCGUAUAAAGAACGGGAUCAGUUAAUGGGGUUGCUGGAAGAACAUGUCCUGGUUAAUAUUAUCAAGAUCGGAAAAAAGUUCUUCCGUCAAAAGUCUGGUAUCCCACAGGGUUCUAUUCUUUCCACCAUUCUCUGUAACUUUUUUUACGGAGACCUUGAGCGUAAAAAACUCCCUUUUGCGUCGGCCCCAACGGGUGUACUACUCCGGCUUAUUGAUGAUUUCCUGUUCAUCACAACUGAUCGCAGCCAUGCGCAACAAUUCUUUCAGAUAAUGCAUCAGGGCCACCCAGAGUACGGUGCAUCUGUGAGUAUUGACAAGUCGCUGAGCAAUUUCGAGGUUAUGGUCAAUGGACGGAAGAUCAACCGGAUCGUUGACACGAAGGAAUUCCCUUAUUGCGGUAACCUGAUACAUACAAGGACCUUGGAUAUUAGACGGGAUCGAGAAAGAAAGAUCGAAAAUAUCGUGGAUGAUACCCUCACGGUGGAGUAUUCCAGAAACGCCGGGAGGUCCCUGCACAAAAAGGCAGUAAGCGCCUUCAAGUUUCAAGCACAUGCCAUGUUCUUCGACACAGACUUCAACGAUCUCCAGACGGUGCUCAAGAAUAUCUACCACAACUUUAUCGAAGCCGCCAUGAAAUUCCACCGUUCCGUCAAAGCCCUCUCGUCAAAUCGUCGUCCGUCGCAAAACCUGUUGAUAAAGAUAGUGGACGACGUCCUCGAGUUCGCCUUUGUGAUAGUAAAGAGCUGCCAAGACUCAAAGGUUAAAUGUGUGGUGACGCGUGCACAAGUCAAAUGGCUUGGAGCACAAGCGUUCAAGACAGUCCUUGCCAGGAAGCAGACGAGCUAUCGUGCGUUGAUAAAAUGGCUCGAAGACACCACUCAAGGUGAGAAGAAGAAGGUUCGGGGCUUGGUGAGUCGGGCUUCAUGUUUGGGCGUGGAUCCUUUCCCGUCUUUUCGCUACUAA